CUGAGUUCCGCAGCGGCGGCGGCGCGGCGUGAGGGGCUCUGCGGCGCAGCGCAGCGGGCGCCUCGCCCGUUGAUGGCAGCCCGAGCGGGCUCUGCCAUGGCCGCCCGCGGGCCGCGCCGCUGCUAGGAGCGGCACACGGGCUGCGCGUUCGCCUUUUCGCCCGCCCGCCCGCCCGCCUGCCUCGGCCGGGGGCCGUCGACAUGUCUCUGGCCAUGGAGGAAGAGGAGUACGCCAGGCUGGUGAUGGAGUCGGAGCCCGAGUGGCUGCGGAGCGAGAUCAAGCGGCUCUUCCAGGAGCUGGGCGAGACCACCCGGGAGAAGAUCCAGGCGGCGGAGUACGGGCUGGCCGUGCUGGAGGAGAAGCAGCAGCUGAAGCAGCAGUACGAGGAGCUGGAGCUGGAAUACGAGACCAUCCGCAGCGAGAUGGAGCAGCUGAAGGAGGCUUUUGGGCAGGCCCACACCAACCACAAGAAGGUAGCAGCAGAUGGAGAGAGCAGAGAGGAGACCUUGAUUCAGGAAUCGGCCACCAAGGAAGAGUACUACAUGAAGAAAGUUAUGGAGUUACAGACAGAACUGAAGCAGCUCAGAAACGUCCUUGCCAACACCCAGUCUGAAAAUGAACGCCUUAAUUCUGUUGCACAGGAACUGAAAGAGGUCAAUCAGAACGUGGAAAUCCAAAGGGCCCGUCUGCGAGAUGAUAUUAAGGAAUAUAAAUUCCGAGAAGCACGUUUGCUGCAGGACUACACUGAGCUCGAAGAGGAAAACAUCUGUCUCCAGAAACAAGUGUCUGUGCUGAAGCAAAAUCAGGUGGAGUUUGAAGGCCUGAAACAUGAAAUCAAAAGGCUCGAAGAGGAAACGGAAUUUCUCAACAGCCAGCUGGAAGAUGCCAUUCGGCUGAAGGAGAUCUCGGAACGGCAGCUGGAGGAGGCCUUAGAGACCCUGAAGACAGAGCGGGAGCAGAAGAACAACCUUCGUAAGGAGCUCUCUCACUACAUGAACAUCAACGACUCCAUGUACAACAGCCACCUGAACAUCUCCCUGGAUGGACUGAAGUUCAGUGAUGAAGCCACGGAGCCCAAUAAUGAUGAGAUCAUGAAUGGAUUGGAACAAAACUGCCUCAGCAAGCUCAGCAAUGGCAAGAAUAGUACAUCAACGCCCAAGAAAAACGAAAGCUUCCCUCCAGCCCCCAGUCUGGUUUCAGAUCUUUUGAGUGAAUUAAACAUUUCUGAAAUCCAGAAGCUGAAACAACAGCUUGUACAGAUGGAAAGAGAAAAGGUGAACUUGUUAACAACGCUGCAGGAAUCUCAGAAGCAGCUGGAAAAUACCCGGGGGGCCCUUUCAGAGCAGCAUGAGAAAGUCGGCAGGCUCACAGAAAACCUGAACGCGAUGAAGAAGCUCCAGGUCAGCAAGGAACGUCAGUCUGCCCUUGACAAUGAGAAGGACCGAGACAGCCAUGAAGAUGGAGACUAUUAUGAAGUUGACAUCAAUGGGCCAGAGAUCCUGGAGUGCAAGUACAAAGUGGCUGUGGCAGAGAUUACUGACCUAAAAGAAGAGCUUAAAAGUCUUAAGGCCAAAUACAAAGAGUGUGAGUCUAAGUAUGAGGAAGAGAAGAACAGAUACGAGACUGAGAGCCAAGCUCUCACUGAAAAGAUCACCUCGCUCGAAAAAUCCAGUCGGCAUGAUAGAGAACAGGUGGCCAGGCUGGAGAAGGAGCUGAAGAAAGUCAGCGAUGUUGCUGGAGAAACGCAGGGCAGCCUCAGUGUGGCCCAAGAUGAACUGGUCACCUUCAGUGAAGAACUGGCCAAUUUGUACCACCAUGUCUGCAUGUGCAACAAUGAAACUCCAAACAGAGUGAUGCUGGAUUACUACAAGGAAGGUAAAGGUGGGCGCAGUAGUCCAGAGACCAAGGGAAGAAGGUCGCCCAUCCUUCUUUCUAAAGGGCUGUUAACUAUAGAGCUAGGAAAGGCAGAGAAUGGGAGUGGUGACAGCAGCCCGUCUCCAGUGUCAUCUCUGCCGUCUCCUGUGUCGGAUCCUCGGAAAGAACCAAUGAACAUUUACAACUUGAUCGCGAUAAUCCGGGAUCAGAUCAAACACCUGCAAGCUGCCGUGGACAGAACAACUGAGUUGUCCAGGCAGCGUGUUGCCACUCAGGAGCUUGGGCCAGUGGUGGACAAAGACAAGGAGGCUCUCAUGGAGGAAAUCCUGAAGCUGAAGUCCUUGCUGAGCACCAAGAGAGAACAGAUAGCGACGCUGAGAACUGUGCUGAAGGCCAACAAACAGACUGCGGAGGUAGCCCUUGCCAACUUAAAAAGCAAGUAUGAAAACGAGAAAGCUAUGGUUACAGAGACAAUGAUGAAGCUGCGAAAUGAGUUGAAGGCUUUGAAAGAAGAUGCUGCGACCUUCUCUUCCCUGAGGGCGAUGUUUGCUACAAGAUGUGACGAAUACGUCACACAGCUGGAUGAAAUGCAGCGGCAGCUCGCGGCAGCCGAGGAUGAGAAGAAGACUCUGAACUCCUUGCUGCGGAUGGCUAUCCAGCAGAAACUGGCACUGACCCAGCGCCUGGAACACCUGGAGCUGGACCACGAGCAGUCCAAAAGGGUGCGCACAAAAUCCGCCUCCAAGGCCAAGAGCAGUAACCCCAGCGUAAGUCACGUUCGGUCCUGUGGAGACAGGUCUGAAGGAGCUGUCCUUAACAACCAGGUUUUUUGUAGCGAGAAAUACAAAAUCUAUUGUGACUAGGACACGUGUGUAGAAAAAAAUCGUAUUAUGCAUCUUAUUUUAUGCUGUAACUGUCAGCGUAAAUCCCCACUAUCUAAUGUCGCAGUGAGUUGACUUGUACUAGUAUGUUGUUGAACCAGGUAAUACAAAUUGUAUUAUGGUGGUCUUAACUGUAACGGAUUCAUAAGUAUGGGGAUGCUAUUAACAAGUUAACAGUGGAAAGGAAUUAGCUUUUUCCACAAUUAACAUGUAUGGGUUUUGCUGUUUAUGGUAAGUGUUAAAAGAGUACACCUGAUAGAGUAUAUCAGGUGCUACUGAUUGUAGUUUGUGUAGGCACAGACGUGAUCCUUUCUCCAGGGUUGCAGCAUACUUCAAUAAAUGCGGUCACAGACAGAAACAAACAGAAAACCUUCCUUGUUAUUGUGGCUGAAGAAGUGGUGAAAGGCAGAUGUUGAAAUUAGAGGUUUGUCUUGAAAAUGCAGAGCAUUUUGAAACCGGAACCAAACUUCAUUUGCCUAUUGUGGCAGAUGUUGAGAACUUGCUGUCAUAUCACCACUGACCGGAGUCCUAAAGAUUUAUGGGCUAGAAAAGCUAGAAAAAGCUUGCUAGGGUACGUUAUUUACACUCUGCUUCCCUCUCUUCAGAGGGUUAACCAGAAGAAACUUGCACAUUUAUAUUUAAAAUAUGCAAUAUUUACCCCAUCUGAUAUAAAACUUAAAAGAAUUAAAAAGAACUUAAAGAAUUGGGAUCCUCCCUGGUAGACAGUUCCACUUUAAGAAGUUAUGCUGUGGAAAAGUGUCAUGUCCUGAAAGGAUCUUUGUGGUCUCGUGUUGCUCCUUGCAAGCGUAACACUUGGAAAGCAUCUGUUUUAUAUAUUACUGUAGCCACACAACCUAUAUGUGUAGAAUUAAUGUGACUAUGGUCUAGUAUUGUCGGUCACAAACCAGUUUUUCUCAGCUAGCAGUAUUAAUUGAAAUAGGAUAGUCUUUCAGAGCUCUGAUCAUUUUUUUUAAUUACACAAACGAAAUUGCAUUCCUUAUGCAAGCAGAUGUUUCACAGGGCUCUACAUUAUAGGCACAGGAAAUUGAACCAGAUCAUCCUGCUGAUAAUUAUUUAUGAAGUAGCUUAGCAUAGAUAUUAAUCUUUAAAAACAAAUAAACCUUCGUCUGCUAUUGACGUUUUAAGGAGCCUUUUUAGCCUCUUAAUUACAAUAUGUUUGAUAAUAUAAAAGUGUACUUCAUAAUUGGUGCCUACGUAAGAGAAAAAGGUCGAAAACGUUGCUUCUGAAAUCGUGGCAAAUUCACGGAGCACAAGGCGGCACGCUUUCUUCUUCGAACCAGAGUUUCAAAGUGCCUAGCCUCACACUUUGUUUUAAUGUAAAGCCCUGUUCGUUUUGUACUCUUUGGAAUAAUUUUGUAUGCCUAUAGUAUUACUAAAAGCAACGCGAGUCUGCUUGCUAGCGCUGUUUUCUAAAGCCAUUCCGAUGUCGCUGGUGUGGCACUGCCUCAUCUCACCACCAUUGCUCGGAGCCGGUCGGCAGCUGCUCCUCCGCAUCGCCGCUCUGCCUAUAAGUAGCCAGGAGACGUCACGGUGCUAAGAGAAGGUGAUAAGGAGCACAGGGAGGGGAAACUACAGGUGACUGGGGCUUCUCAGAUAUUGGGAGGACACAGGCAAAAGAUUCUAAAUUCAUACAAUGAGACUUGAAACAAAUGGGACUGGAAACCGGCUACAAAGCUGGGAACCAUCCCAAUGUCAAACGCCAGAAUUGCGUUGAGAGGAGGAAAGAACCCCCUCGAGUGAUUUAGGUCUAAUACGUUGCUCAAACGUCACUGCUUGAGAAGUUUAAACAAAUGGCAAUUCCGGCUUUAGAAACUAGGCCCUGUGCAUCUGUUAUUACUGUUUUUUAGAAAACACUGAAUUCUCCUGCAUUUGAGCUUUAAUAUUGCAAAGAGCAGGUUUGAUAUUUUAGAAGCGAGACAUCUUUGAACAAUUUUCAAUCCUGCUUUUCUCUUCUUUGCUGCACAAUCUUCCAAAAGGCCUUUAUUCUUCUCCCUCCUGCAUUAAUUGUAAUUUUAAGAAAGACUUGAGAAAAGCAGGCAUUUGAGUGCUAACUUUCUCUGCUGCAGUAGGAACAGUUCCGGUUUUGCUUCCGCUCUGGUAGGGAGCUUUUAUACAAUUUUCACUGCUUCCAUGUCUCUGCUGGCAGUAUUUUUGGAAAAUACUAAUGGCAAGAAGGUGAAUUGGAGAAACGAAUUGAAUGCAUUGUGAAAUUAAGCAGAACCUUCUGUAAAGCUUUCAGUGUUACCAGACGGUGACUAUUACUAUCAGCCUUCGCUCGCACUUUCAGUUCCAAGUAUGAGCAGUGUUGCUAUUAGCCCGAUAGUCUUAGUAGUCAUUUCCAUCUUCAUUCAUUUAUGUGAAUCUUUAAAACACAAGAAAGCCAACCUGCCCACUAUUUGAGCUUGUCAAGGUGAUGGUUUAACUUCUUGUAGCACCUGAUCUGAACAGAAAUGAGGAAUGGUGGUAAGGCGACUUGAUCCUGCUGUUUCUGUGUUUAGAUGUUAUUUAAGAUUGACUCUUGUAAUUCUUGGUUAACAAUUUCUUGAAACGUACAUUUGCUGUAAGUCUUUCGUAUCACUUCCAAUGGGUUGGGAUAACGCAUGGAGAAUUUCUUAGGCCGUCACCUACCUCUGCGAGCAGGCUCCUCGGGACGCUGUUCUCUGCAUGAUCCGCUGACCCGCAUGUUUCUGGAGACCUAAAGCUUCACUGGAAAUGUUCCUUGCACAUUCACGGCCGUUAACUUGUGCUUCAACAGCAAAGCUUUGUUCGGUACUUGUAAGAAACCUUCUUUCUGCGAAGCUGCUGCUCCCAGGCGAGGCGCGUCGAGCCCUGUCCCGCCAGCUUGGAGAGCCCGUUCCCCCCACCGACCUAACAGACCCCAGCCCACUAACCCGCUUGCGCAGCACCUGUGGCUUCAGUUCUUUAAUAGAGAAAUAAACAGUGUUGUUGGUUUGUUUUUUCCCUAAUGCUGUUUUAUUUUUCCGUUUUUCAGCUGUAGAGUAGUCCCUGGAGAAGGCCUUUCCAGCAGGGUAACAGCAUUUCUUAGCCUCUUUCGUUCUGGUUAAAUGUGGUAGCACAAAGAAUGGAAACCACUGACCCCAUCCUAACUUUUGAAAACACCUUUUCCUAUAUACUACCUGAAACUUCCUUCUAUGCCUGAAGCUAUAAAACAAACAAGCUUUACCUGUAAGUGCUGCUGCAGUAAGAAAACUUACAAGUGCUGAAGAAACCUGCAAAUGUAACGAUCACCGUAUUAGUUUAUGAUCUACUAGAAACGUUCGGGUGGGGGAAUUUCUUAUUUCAUUGCAGACGCUCAGUUUUUUAUCUGAUUGUUAAACCUGUGCACUUUUGAUAUUUGGAUAUUUUUCUUUAGCUUCUUUAAUUCCUUAUGUAGAAGAGUUUAUAAGAUGGUUUGUGGUCAUAGUCUCCCUCCAGUUUGGGCUUGUGAUCUUGGAAUUUGUACGGCAGAGAUUUUUUAGGGGCUCUAGAUUGUGAUUAGAAAAGAGAUUCGACAAAACCAGGAGCUCUGCUAAACUGUGCUUCAGCUUUUUUAUGAUCAUAAAAAGUUAAGUUUUAUGUUUAAAUUACUGAUUUUUUUUAACUGCCAUGUUCAUUAAGAAAUCCAGGGUAUUCAAAUUCUGGGGUUUUUUUCAUAUUGUAUUAUUAUUCUUAGGAAUAGUUCAAUGUAACAAGAAGAAAACUUGACUUUGCUCUGGUUAAAACAGUAAUAGGCACUUGAAAAAUAUUAAAUAACUAGUAUUAACUAUAAAUAUCAGAAUUCCUGGGUUUUAGGAAGUUGAAGUAUUAGUGAUUAACAGAAUUUUAUACAACUGUAACAGUUAAAUUCCAAAUUGGAAUUGGUUUGUUACUUUUUCAUUUUAUUGUGCCAAAUUGUGGUACAUUUAGAAAGGAAAAUUCUAAAGUUGUCAGUGAUAGGGUGUGACUUCUCAGCGCCUUUCUGUCAUUCAUUAUUGCCAGUAGUGCCUUUAAGCAUUUGAAGGGAGACUCUUAGGCUAGCGUAGGCUAAGUCCUGGAACUUAGAAGAAACGGAACGGCUGGUUUGGAGUUUAUUAAAGACAUGGAGCAAUAAGUGCAAAGUGAACUCCCCUUUUGCACAUUUUUAAUGGGUAGUCUUACUAUAGAGAUUAUAUAUUCAAGGAAUUGUAAAAAAUUCUGUUAGUCAAUGAUAUUUCAUCAUGCAAAUUCAGGGGUAUAGAGGAAAAAAAAGAAACCUACAAACCAACCCAAAUACACUUUGGGAACCAAAUGGACUCAUGCUGAGCAAAUGAGCAAGAUGUCUGAACACGUUUGUGGUAACAGUACAGAGAACGUAUCAGGAAUAUUGCUGUUAUGUUAGCUUUGUACGGUGGUGGACGCAGCUAACCAUAGUGUUGUUUGCAAAUGAGAACGACAAAACGUUGGUAUCUUCUCUUGCAUGUUGUGUCUAAUCAGUGUAAUUUCAGGAAACAGAAAUGGAGAAGCGCAUCAACAAGCUGUCCCGACCGCGGCCGCUUGUUGAGGCCCAUCCGAACGACUGAAUUGGUACUCGCUGCGGGGAAACCUUCCCGCUCCUUCAAAAAGUACAAAUUGAAAUAAUAUUGCCAGCUGGGAGAAGAUUUCUGUUUCCUGGAACAAGAAGCAUAAUUAUUCCUAGAUGUGGGGACUUAUACUUCCAUCUUCUGUUACAGUAUUGAUUCAUAAGGAAUAUUGUUGCAUUUAAAAUUACUACAUUUGUAUGUGGGUAUUUAUUUGAAAUGAUGUCAAAGUACUGUAUUACGUUUUAUGUGCAUUACCUUUUAGUGGUGGAUUGGUCUCCAUUUAACGUCAUAUGCAUGUGUUCUUGCCAAGUAACCUUUACACAGAUCUGAAAAAAGAAAUGUUAAAGAAAAAAAAUGUGGAAACUUCUUAAAAGUAUAUCUGUGUGUUAAUUGGAUAAUAACCUUAGGAGGUAUAGAAGGCAAAACGUUACUUCUAAAUUAAUAAAAAAGCAUUUAAUGUAGGAAAGCAAUCUGCCUGCGUAAAGGUAGUCACAUUGGCAGUAUCAAUAAAAGAGAAAAGGAA